AUGGGCGCGGGGGCCGGGCCCGGGAUCGGCGCCGGGCCCGGGAUCGGCACCGGCACCGGCACCGGGAUCGGGAUCGGGAUCGGGAUCGGGAUAGGGAACGGGGCGGGAGGAGCCGCCGGGGCGCUGGGCGCUGCCGUGGCUGCUCUCUACACGGCCACGCUGCCGCCCGCUCUGCCCGGCGGGGAUGCGGGGGAGCUGAUCACAGCCGCAUAUGAGCUUGGAGUCGCCCACCCUCCUGGCUACCCCCUGUUCACGCUGCUGGCCAAGGUGGCCACGGGGCUGCCCGGCGGCUCCCCCGCCUUCCGAGUCAAUCUCCUCUGCGGCUUGGUGGGAGCAGCUGCUGCCUCGUUGCUUUUUUGCACGGUUUUCAGGCUUUCUGGCUCAUAUGCUGGAGGAAUCCUUGCUGCGGGGGUGUUUUCAUUUUCUCGUCUAACAUGGCAGUGGUCCAUCACGGCAGAGGUUUUCAGCUUAAACAAUCUGUUUGUGGGGCUGCUGAUGGCUCUCACUGCUCGUUUUGAGGAGGCAUCCACUGCAAAAGAAAGAUCAAAGAUCUCUAAAUUGGGUGCUUUUUGCUGCGGGCUCAGUCUGUGUAAUCAGCACACAAUCGUGCUUUAUGUGGUUUGCGUUGUGCCCUGGGUUCUCUCACAGCUUUUCAGAAAGAGGGAAUUGUCCCUAGGCCAUUUGCUGAAGUUGGGUUUAUGCUUCUUGGCUGGUUUGCUGCCUUAUCUCUAUCUGCCGGCUUCGUCCUACCUCAAUCGAGCCCGCUGGACAUGGGGAGACCAGACGACUUUCCAAGGGUUUUUGACCCACUUUCUGAGGGAAGAAUAUGGGACAUUCAAUCUGGCCAAGUCCGAGACAGGAUCCAGUAUGGGAGAGAUGCUGCUUUUCCAGCUGGCACAGAUGAAGUCAGAGCUCUCCCCUCCCGUCCUUGCCCUGGCACUCGUGGCCUGUGUGAGCCCAGCACUGCUGAAAAAGCAUCAGAAGUCAUCUGUGAUCUGGCUGUUCACUGGAAUGCUCUGCCUUUAUUCCCUUUUCUUCGCUUGGAGAGCAAAUUUAGAUGUUACAAAGCCUCUGUUUCUAGGCGUGGUGGAGCGGUUCUGGCUGCAGAGCAGUGCUGUGGUGGCUGUGCUGGCAGGGCUGGGGCUGGCCACACUGGCCAGCCUUGGGAGGAGCACUGUGCUGGAGGGCACCCGGCUGCUGCCCUGCCUGGAGUGGUUUCCUGCUCUUGCCCUCGUUGCUGCUCAACUUUGGGCGAAUUACAGCACUUGUGAUCAGAGCAACAACUACGUUGUUGAUAAGUUUGCAAGGAACGUGCUGUCCUCCAUGCCAACAGGGGCAGUGAUCCUGCUGAGAGGAGACUUGCCUGGGAAUGCUCUUCGUUACCUUCAUUAUUGUGAGGGCAUGAGGCCAGAUAUCACCUUAGUGGAUCAGGAGAUGAUGACUUAUGAAUGGUAUUUACCCAAGCUGGCAAAGCAUUUACCUGGCGUUUAUUUUCCUGGGGACCGGUGGAAUCCUGUGGAAGGAGUAUUACCCGACGGGACACUCGCCUUUAAUCUCCAUCGUUUCCUCAAAGUAAAUAAACAUAAGGAAGUGUUUGUGUGCAUAGGUCUUCAUGAAGGGGACUCGACCUGGAGAAGGAGCCACUCGCUCUGGCCCUGGGGUACCUGUGAGAAGUUGGUUCCUUCUGGAGCUGUGUUUGACCCAGGAGAGUGGAUUCGUCUCACAAGGAAUCUCUAUAACUGGACUGAGGACUAUGGCAGUUUCAGCCCCUCUUCCUGGGAAGCUGUUGCCAACGAGGAGAUGUGGCAAGCCAGGAUGAAAACAGCUUUCUUCAUCUUUGACCUAGCAGAAACAGCCAGUGUGACUACAGAAAUGAAAUCACAACUUUACACAUUUGCAUACACUUCGUACAGAGAAAUUGUCAGCUCCCAUCCCCAUCACCCGGUGAACUGGCACAAGAACUACGCCAUCGCCUGCGAGAGGAUGCUGCGCCUCCGCCGGGGGGACGUGGAUCCCGAAACGCUGCUCUCCCAGGCUGUGAAACAUUUCCUGCUCUACACUGAGAAGGCAGAGGAUGAUCCCCAGCGCCAGGACAUCCUGCAGGCUGUGCAGCACCUCCGGGAAGAGCUGCAGGGGCUGAGGAGAAGGAAGGCGGAGCUGAGGCGCGCAGCUGGGUAG